AAAUACGGCCACACCUACAAGCACGUGUUAAAAAGUAAAAGAACUGCAGUCCGCGACGAUUUUGUAUAUUUUAGUAAAAUGGUUAAAGUAAAACUGGAACACGCUGAAGAAACGGAUGUUUCUAUUAAGGUCGGCGAAAAUACGACUAUUAAGGAAGAAGAGACCUAUGACGAUAAAUUGCUUUUUAUAAAUGCUAUAGCGAAACCAAUGGCAAGCAAAAAGCUGGCCAAAAAAUGUUAUAAAUUGGUUAAGAAAGCCAUGAAGCAUAAAACCUAUUUGCGAAACGGAUUGAAGGAUGUCCAAACGCGUUUGAGGAAAGGUGAAACAGGUAUUUGCAUUUUCGCUGGGGAUGUGACGCCUGUUGAUAUUAUGUGCCAUCUGCCGGCGGUUUGUGAGGAGAAAGGUAUUCCCUAUACUUAUACUCCUAGUCGUGCUGACCUCGGCGCUGCCAUGGGCGUCAAGAGGGGUACUGUGGCUCUGCUUGUGCGACAAAACGAUGAAUACAAGGAUCUAUACGAUGAAGUUAAAGAAGAAUUGUCUAACCUAAAUAUUCCCGUUUGAACUUGUAAAACUAAUUCAUAUUUCUGUAAGCAUUUUAUUAAUAAGUCAUUAAAUCUAGAGUAAAAUUUGUAAAAUCCAUUAGGAACUUGGAUAAAGGAUAAAUGAAAACAGAUCUGGUGAUAGUCAUAUAGACUAUCUAUGUAUUUGUUUUCGUAUACAUAUGUAUAUCAUUAUUGUAAUUUGUGAAAUAUACAUGAACAUUUUAUGAAA